AGAAGAGGCAGGACCGAGGCUCCACCUCUCCUCACUGCCUUCCUCUGAGCUUGUUAGAUGUACAUAAUCCCUGAGUUGACCCAGAAAAUAGGCAGUCGUUUCAAGAUCUGAUGCGGCAGUCUUUGUGCACACCGUCCCCGCUUGAGCAUGAAGCGUAACCCUGUGGAAUAUAAACUGUAAUUCAGAGGAGCUUACCUUUACAGAGGAAAACUGUUUUUAUAGACGGACUCGAGGCAAAGUCGCGCAACUUUGUGAAAACGUAGCGGAUACGGACAAGAGGCAUGGCAGACCAUCUGAUGAUGCCCAUGAAUCACAGCUCAGCAGGCGCCAGUAUCCACGGUUACAGGAUGGGCAUGAACGGUGGCCUGCAGGCAGGUCACCCGCAGCAUCCCAACCAGCAGGGCAUGCGCGCGCUGCCCAAUGGCCAGAUGAUGCACUAUGGUGGUGCCCAGGCCAACAUGGAGACUGCCAUGAGGCAGCGGCAGGGCAUGGUGGGUGGACCCAUGAAUGGACAACUGAAUGGGGGCCAGAUGGGUCACCACCAGAUGACAUCUGGUAACAUGAUGUAUAAUGGCCCUCCCCAGCAGCAACAGCAUCACCCUCAGCAAAACCAUCACAUGCAUCCACAGCAACACCAACAACAACAACAGCAGCACCAGCAACAAGUCCAGCACCCGCAGCAGCAACAGCACCCGCAGCAGCAACAACAACACCCGCACCCUCAACAGCACCAGCAGCAACAGCACCCGCAGCAGCAACAGCAGUUUGUGAACGGAGGGUUAACGUCCCAGCAGCUAAUGGCCAGUAUGCAGCUGCAAAAACUAAACACCCAGUACCAUGGACACCCACUGGGGCCUAUGGGUGGGAACCACAUGGGGCCCACGGGCCAGUAUCGCAUGAACCCAGCCCAGUUGGCUAACAUGCAGCACAUGGCCGGGCCGGCACUGGCCCUGAACGGCAUGGACGCAGAUAUGAUUGACGAGGAGGUUCUGACCUCGCUGGUCAUGGAGCUUGGCUUGGAUCGGGUCCAAGAGCUGCCAGAACUCUUCCUGGGCCAAAAUGAGUUUGACUUCAUCUCAGACUUUGUAAGCAAACAGCAGCCCAGCACCGUUAGUUGCUGAGAGGACCCGAUUUGCCAAUGGGUGCAAAUGGAGACAGAAGAGUGAGAAUUGUCCAGGGUGGAUGAAGAGUGCUCAUCUUUUCACUUUUUAUUUACUGAGCACCUCCCUGUACAACUAAGCCCAGCUGCGGCAAGCAGGGUGCGCAGAAGAGAACUCUGGAUAUCCACAGGGAACACACAGUGCUUGAAUCCUGCAUGUUCUAGUGGCCCGAGGGUGGCUGCCUUCAAGGUCGAAUUUCACUUCUCCUAUUUCCUGGACAUGAAUGUAAUAAAGAAAUGCUGAAAUUCUUAAAAGCCACUCUGAACAAUGCAAUGACACUGUGUAGCCUCCAAGCCUGGACUCCAAGACAGUUAACCAGUACAAAGGUGUAUUUAUUUAUUCCUGUCUGAGAAAACUGAUAUAAAGAAUAACCACCUUCUCCAUUUUGGGAACCAAGUGGUUUUAAUGAUUUUUUUUUUUUCUGAGAGUAAGAUGGGGGAGACAAUUUAAAUUAAGUUCUCUGCUUGUGAUUUUUUUUUUCCUCAUUCUAUUUGGCCUAGAAUUUAAAUAAGCUCAGAUGACAAGGUCAUUUAAAAGAGAGCCUGGGUUUUCUAUCAUAACUAAGGCACGAUAGAAGUACAUUGUUAUCUCAUUUGAAUGGGAGCCUCAUCCAGAUCUUUUGGUAAAGUGCUGCCUUCUUAGAUGUGAUGUUCUCAAAAAUCUACUGCUUUUCCUGUAUGAAGCUGUAUAACUCCAUGUCCACACUGUUGUGUUCUAUUGGAGAUGUAGAACCGCCUUAAUCACGCAGAUUCUUAUUUAUUGGUUGUUUAUAUUGUCCCCUUUUUGUCGUCAAGGUGGGGGAUGGUCUUUGUGAAGGGGGUAUUGAGGAUCAAUAAAGAUGGCCUGGAUAGAAAUGUG